CGCCCCCAAAGCCCCCCUGUCCCCACAGAGGGGUCCCGGCCAUGGUGGUGCAGGACCCCCGGCCCAAGCCCAGCAUCUCCAUCAACAACCUGAACGAGAUCAAGAAGGACAGUGGGGGGGGCUGGGGCGUCCUGGGGGGUCUGAGAAUGUCCCUGGGUGUCCCCAGGGGCUCAGGCUGUCCCCUGGGUGUCCCCAGAGCUGGAGCGCUCUCUGUCCCCAUUGUCACCUGUCCCUGUGCCAAGUGUCCCUCUGUCCCCUGUGUCCCCAGAGCUGGAGCUGUUCCUGUUGCCACUGUCUCCUGUGCGUGUGUCCUCUGUGUCCCCAGAGCUGGAGCAGUGUCUGUCUCUGUUGUCACCUGUCCUUGUCCCCAGAGCUGUAGCAGUGUCUGUCUCUGUUGUCACCUGUCCUUGUCCCCAGAGCUGGAGCAGUGUCUGUCCCCUCGCUCUGUCCCCUGUGUGUCCCCAGAGCUGGAGCUGUCCCUGUGCCCGUUUUCCCCAUUGUUGCCAGAGCUGAAGGAGUUCCUGUCCCUGCUGUCCCUGUCCUUGUCCCCAUUGUCACGGUGUCCCCAGAGCUGGAGAAGUCCCUCUGCGCCAUUUUCUCGCGCUUUGGGCAGAUUUUGGACGUUUUGGUGUGGCGCAGUCUCCGCGUGCGGGGCCAGGCCUUCGUCACCUCCAAGGAGAUGAGCAGCGGCACCAACGCCCUGCGCUCCAUGCAGGGCUUCCCCUUCUACGGCCAACCCGUGGUGUGGAAAGCCCCGAAGCACAUCCUGUUCCUGCCCGAGCUCCCUGAGCAGCCCCAGGAGCUGAUGCUCUCCGUGCUCCUCAGCCAGUUCCCGGGUUCAGGAGCUGCGCUGCUGCCCGGGUGCCGCGACAUCGCCUUGCUGGGGUUGGACACCGAGGUGCAGGCGGGCGCCGCCCGCGAGGCCCUGCAGGGCUUCAGCAUCACCCAGAGCAAUGCCAUGGAGAUCUCCUUCACCAAAAAGUGAACCAAAACACCCCAAACCCCACCAAAACACCCCCAAACCCAAAACAAACAGGCCUGAAAUACCCCAAAAUCCUGAAAAACUGCCUCACACCCGCCCCUAAAUACCCCAAAACUGCCCCAAACCACCCUGAAAUCCCUCCAAACCGCCCCAAAAUCCCAUAGAAACACCCUGAAAUCCCUCCAAACCACCCCAAAAUCCCAUAGAAACACCCUGAAAUCCCUCCAAACCACCCCAAAAUCCCAUAGAAACACCCUGAAAUCCCUCCAAACCACCCCAAAAUCCCAUAGAAAUACCUGAAUUGCCAUAAAACUGCUCCCAAAUCCUAUAGAAACACUCAAAAAUCCCUCAACACCACCCCAAAACACCCUAAAUCCCAUAAAACUGCACCCAAAUCCUAUAGAAAUUCUCCAGAAUCCCAGAAAACUGCCCCAAAAAUGGUCCUGACCCUUCCCCACGCACCACCACUCCCCCAGGUAAGUUCAGCUCAGCCCAAAUCCUCUCUUUUUAAACCUAAAUUUUCCUUUUUUUAUCUCAAAUCCUCCUUUUUUUAACCCCCAAAUCUCUUCUCAUCCCUAAUGUCCUUUUUUUUUCCCAUCCCAAAAAUCUCCAUUUUCCACCCCAGUUCCCCACCCGAAAUCCUUCCCUGUCCACCCUAAAUCCCCUUUUCCCACCCAGAAUCUUUCCCCAUCCUGAAUCCCCCAAUUCCCACCCCAAUCCCUCUUUUUUUCCCAGUGUUGGACCCAGGGUCUCUCUGCAGACAUCGCACCUGGAGCUGCCCCAAACAAACCCAAAUAACCCCAAACAAACCGCAAAUAAUCCUCAAAUACCCCCAAACAAACCCCACUGUGCCCCCCAGGGCUGGAAUGGGUUUAGGGGUG